AUGCCAUCGGCAAGUGUGCUCGCCGAUCAAGGCGUCAAGGCUGUACAAGCGGGCCGCUACCAGGAAGGCAUUGAGAAGCUCACCGAGGCGCUCAAGGAGCGGCCAGCACCGCUGUGGCUCCUUGAGCGCUCCAAGGCAUACCUGCGUACAAAGGACUUUGAACUCGCCAUGUGGGAUGCCGAGAAGGCGCUCCGGGUGGCCUUUGACCGCGCGAACCGUGACCAGAUCAUCGAGGCCCAGAUCCGGCGGGCGGUGACGUACUUCCGCAUGGGUCAGUACGCGGACGCAGACGUCUGCGCGGCGUGGGCUAUUCGACUGAUCGAGGGUGCCCGUGCCACCGAGGAUGACGGUCAGCUAGGCAAGGUCGAUGCGAAUGGCGACUACCUUGUCACGGCUCAGGAGGUCACCGAGGCGCAAAAGCCCGACGAUAAGGAAGGCGGGCUUGCAUCUGCGAUGGCACAACAGGGGGGCAACCGGUCCAAGGCUGUUUCCAUGAAGAACCAGGCCUUCUCAUGGCGUCUGCAGGCCCUGACGCAAAUGGCCGGUCUCGAGGCUGGCGCUCCAGGAAGGAAGAUCACGAUUUCUGCAAAGUAUUCCACGCCUUCGAAGGAGCCGCCUGUCAAGAAGAGAGUGGAAGAGGUCACGGAGCAAAAGACGAGUUCGCAACCAACAACUGCACCCACAGCCCAGGUACAACAGACACCGGCUCAACCCUCUGGCCCCACGACUGGCAAGGAGGGGUGGGAGAACCUGUGGAGUCAGUUCCGUGCCGUGCACGGCAAGAAGGAUAUCAGGUCGAGCUUCUAUCAGUCGGAUCGGACGUUGAAUGUGGACUUUUUUGUGAAGAACGUGGACAAGGACAGCUUGCAGGUUGACGCAGACCUGGACAGCGUCACUCUAAGUCCGGUUCCUGGCGUUGGUCAGAUCACUUUGCUGCUUCACGACAAGAUCAAUCCGUCAGAGACCAAGUUCACCGUCAAGUCAAUGAAGAUUGAGCUCGUGCUCACCAAAGAGACGCCUGGCAAGUGGCCCAUCCUGCGCAAGCAGAACGCCGAGCUGUUUGACAAUCUCGCUCUCGGCACGAACCCGACCUUCAACCAGUUCCACACUCUUCUUACCAAGCAGAAUUUCAAGGAGCCACAAGACGUGAUUCCCAGCUUUGGCUCAGCUUCAGCAGAACAGUGGGCCCAGGACCUCGCAAGCAAGCUCAAAGAAGCCGUCUCCGGGACCACGCUCUCUUCCCCGGAUGCUACAAAGACAAUCACCGCUGCGUCUCCCGCUCAGAGCACAGCUCCGACAGCCGUUCCCACGGCCGGCCUAUCCAAGGCCGCAAGCACAUCUGCAUCUGGACCAGCUUCGAAGGGUCCUGCCUAUCCGACGUCUUCAAAGCGCGGUCCGACUAACUGGGACAAGAUUGACGAUGAGGAAGGCGAGGAGAAAAGCGAGGACGUGAAUGCUUUCUUCCAGCAGGUCUACAAGAACGCGGAUGACGACACGCGGCGGGCCAUGAUGAAGAGCUACAUUGAGAGCAAUGGCACGGCACUCAGCACGGAUUGGACCGAGACGAAGACGAAAAAGUAUGAGACGAUACCCCCGGACGGCGCGGAAGCCAAGAAAUGGUGA